AUGCCGACUACCCUUAAUUCUAUACCCUUUGAUAUUUGGCAUCAAAUUGCCUCUCGGCUGGAACCUCAAGAUUAUAUCAAUCUGAGCUUUGUCAACCGAAAUCUCUAUUCUCUGCUGAAAAGCGAGUUGACAGCUAGGAAUGCAGCACAGUUGCAUAUUGCCCAUACACCAGAGGGCAGGUUGGCCUCAGAGGGACAAAUCACUUAUAUCAAGGCACUUCGGCGCGUGUAUGACGUACGCGAAGCAGUAGCUAAUGCGCAACCUUACUCAGCAUGCCUGGUUGCGUAUAGUGAGACUUUUCUAUUCAACCAAGGAGUAUUAUGUUAUUUGGAUAAGAACGAGAUUCGCACGCUAGACGUGCAUGGCGCUUCUCGGGAAGAACAAGUCGUUAAUAUUGGGGCUGUGCUCCGUCGUGCCAGCUCCAAUGUGUCGACAGAUUUUAGCCAAGAGGUGCAAUUCUCGCUUUUGUAUUAUAGCCACGGCAUCGUUGCGUGUCUGUGUGAAAUCGAGGAACGCAUAUCAUGGCUGAUUGCCAUUGAUGUUAAGCCAACAUGUACGCGAAAACAGGGUAGAAUCCUCCUCCUUAAACGGCUCGAGUCUACGAGAAGAAUAUUCGUCCGUCAUAAUGGAUCAGUUCUAUUUUAUGGAACCCAUUCCUAUUUUGCGGGGCAUGGUCACCACGAAUGGGUAAUUCAUGGAUGGGAUCUAGUGAAUAUGCGGCCCCUAACGGGGCGACCUGUCCAACUCGAAAAUUUUGUUGGGUCUGAAAUCGGGACUUCGAUAUGUUUUGAAAUUCAUGACGACCACUUCUACGCCAUUUCGACGGAAACUGGGUUUGAGGACGAAGAGAUUGAUUGGACUUCCUACUAUAUUUGUAUCCGAUUUCCGACAACAAAGCCUCACAAGGUCGAAUGGCGACGACUCUGGCGUCGGCAGCACCGCGAAGGCCCGAUCAAUGACACUUGGACGAACAUUUCUCUUCGAACGGACGUGGCAACGGAUCAACUCAUGAUAAUAGAAUGUCGAAGAGAAUGGUAUCGUGGUGGUAGUACGAAUUUGCGCACUUACUACAUGCAGCCCCUUUCGUGCUUCAUAACAGACUCAUCGGAGAGUAAAUAUGGCACUGGUCAGGAGAAUGAUUUGCGCGCUGGCAGCGAUUCACACGAAACUUAUGGGUCACCCAGCCCCGGGUUCCCUGGAUAUCUGCCAGUCCCUUUCCUCCCUGAUGAUCCUUUAACUUCAACUCUGGAUGAUCGCAGCAAACCUAACUAUGAACCUCCCAAAAAGCGCAUUCGCCUCCAUUAUCAUCCAGAGUAUGAAGACAGGGAGAUCUCUUCACCCGCAAGAAGGGAUUUUAUCCUCUCCAAGACCAAAUACCGAACGUAUAACCAUUCUGCAUCGGCUUUUAUCGAUUUGGUUAAUGAUGGCACCUCAACAAACGCACCGACACUAGCAGCACCAGAUCAAUUACGUCUUCGAAUAGUUUCCCGGAAACGAAAAUGCCCAGUCAGCGAGAACGGUUAUUUAUACCCACCGGAGCUUGAUGACGAUAACACACCCAUACCACUGAGUGAUGAACGCUUUGAAUCCCGUGGGACCAAGCUUUGGCCUCCUCUAAAUGCCCCGCCGGAACUUCUUUCCCUGCUUUGCCCCCCAAAGAGAUGCAGAGAUGUGGCAGCCGCCUCCGAUGAACGGUCUGUUGUUUAUUCAACAGACCCGUCAACGCCAGACGGCGGAAGGCCAGUAAUCUUGAUCAGUUUCGACCCCACUAUACAGCUCAGCAAUCUGAGGCGACUUCCUAUGAAACCUGUCGCUGAGGAGUCAAGCCGUCCCGUUGUAAUUGACAGGGAAGAUAUCAGGCUUAACAGAGGACAGCCAAAAACUAGUAGGCCGAUUGAGCCUGAUACGGGGUUAUCGCCGUCGUCUUCACCACCCAGUCCAACUCAAGUGCCCUUGUUCAGGAUAGAGCCCGCGAUGUAUUUACAUAUUAACCGGAGUUACUGGCUGCGUUGA